AUGCCUGGUUGUUCCUCAGUUGACAACUAUGACAUAUCCAAAAAUCAGAGCAAUCCAACUACUCUAGCUAUGUCUGUGGUAAGCAUGUUCGUCACUUCCUCGGAUUCUGCUGUUAUUACUGUACAGUACCUUAUUCACUCUUGUAUGUCACUUUUGCCUUGCUCAGAUGACAAUACUUCCUUCAUGAAGGUUGUUCAGAAGUCUUUUCGGCAGUGGUACACCUGA